CCUAAAAAAGGGAUUUGGGUAUUUUCUAGGUCAGAAAAUACCCAAUUCGAGUCAAUGUGACUCCCAUGUCGGCCACUCCUCAUGUUCAUUUCACUUUCUUUUCUUUCUUUUUUUUUUCUUUUUUUUUUUUUUAAAAAAAAUUUAUAAAAGCGUUGGUGAUGGAUGAUUACAUGUAUAAUUAUUAUUUUUUCUGAAAGUAAUAAAAAAAAAGGACCGAAAUUUGCGGAUGUGGAUUGAAAGGAAGAUGGGGAUGCACAUAGAUUCUUGUAGCUGAAAUUGUUUUGCAGGCGUUUUUGAGGAUGGAUCUUCCUGCAACUGGUGCAGAAUUUGUAGCAGAGAAGAUUGAAAUUGGGAAAGAGGAAGGCCCUUUAUUCAAAUGUGAUCUAUCUGAUUCAGAAAUUGCUCACAAGAUAGCUCAAAUGUUCCUCCCUGGAUUAGCUACGGCUUGCGUUGACAACACAACCGGUGAUAUCUUCAAGACCCCAGCUUCCGUUGCGGUUGAUUUGAGAAAAGAAAUGGUGGAAUAUCUUGCCCAGAGAAGUGAAAAUUUUCUUGCUGAAUCUGUUAUCUUGGAAGCUGGUCCGGACCAUCCCUACGAUAUUGUUUGUGAUUUUGUCGAUGACUUUGCUAGUUCUAAGAGGAAUUUGUUCAGCAGGGUUUCGGGAUGGCUACUGAGUGAAAAGAGGGAAGAAAAGAUUGAUGAUUUUGUUCAGGAGAUGGAGAUAAAUGGGUUUUGGUUGUUAGAUGGGAGAGAAGCAAUUGGGCAUGUUUUGCUCAAGAAUGUCGACUUCAAGAAUGCAUUUCACUGCGACAGGAAAUUCAUGUCUGCAGAAGGGCUUUCUGAGCAUGUUUGCCACUGCAGCUUUAGGCCUAUGGCCUGCACAAAUGGAAGUUGUAAUGCCAGAUUUUGUGCCAGUCAAUUGGAGAAGCAUGAUUCAGUUUGUCCCUUCAAGAUAAUUCCAUGUGAGCAGCAGUGCUCUGACAGCAUCAUGAGACGCGAGAUGGACAGGCAUUGCAUAACUGUCUGCACAAUGAAGCUUGUGAACUGCCCUUUCUAUGCACUGGGUUGUCAAUCCACUUUACCUAGCUGUAUGAUUGAGCAACAUUGUUCAGAUGCCAUCCAUUUUCACUUGCUACAUGUUCUUCAAGUUCUUCACAAGGAAGCAUCUGAGGACGAUCUGAAACGACGGGUGGAGCAACUAGAACAGGCAGCAUCAACUAGUCGGCUAGCUGAAGCUCAAGAGGUGAGAUCUUUAAUCUCCAAGGUCAAGGAUCUUGAAGCAAAGCUGGGGCCGUUAGAAGUCGACAUCAAGAACAAGGAUAGCGACGAGAAUGUGGAGAUUUCAAAUAUCUCAAAUGCCUUGGAUGAAGCCCAUAUCAACAAGGACAGUCAAGAGAGAUUGGGGGCUUCAAAUAUAGUAAAUGCCUCAAGCGAAGCUGAAAGUCUAAGUUAGACCUGGCAAUUAUGCUUUAUGUUUACAAAAAAUCCUAUUCAUCAUGAAAUGAAAAUCUUUCACCUUGCCAGAAAACAACCUUACUUCUUUUUUUUUUUCAAGGACUAACGUCAUUUGAUCCAUAGCUAUUCCAGUUUAAGAUCUUGAGGUUCCUUUUCCCUCCUGUACCUAUUUCGUUUUCUAUAUUCCAAAGUCAUCGACGACCUUAUGUUACCCAUGACAUUUGAUAAAGGACAUAAAUUUCUUACAAGCUGGUUUGUAGGAAACAGUCUUUGCAAUUUGUAGGAGUUUCUUACAACCCGAUUGAUGGGAAAUUUGUGUUCUUUGAUAAAUUGGGGAAACUGGUUCCUUUCACUCUGCAGAUAUGCUGCUACUGACAUUGUUCUCUUCUGCCUGCUGGUAAUAUGGUGUGAGAUGCCUUUCUAUCGGUGUAACUUCCAAAUUCAACAUAGCUGCAUGAUUCAAAUCGUUAAAUGAUAGAUCUUCUUUUGAGAGCUUCAGAAUGUUGAAUGGCUUGAAGAAUCAGAGGACUGCAUGUAAAGCUGGUGUUGCUGAUGGUUGCGUGCAUUUUGGCUGCUUCUCUGAGCAUUGCUGCUUUCCUACUUGCACAUAUGGUCGUAUUCACAAGUUUGCUUAAACCCUUUCCUUGAACUCUAAAGAACUCCUCCCCCUCCCUCCCAUAUAUUGGACAUUUUUGAAUCUGUUCCUUCAUGUUUGUGUAUUCAUAGAGAGAAAACUCUUUUUUUUUUAUGGCCUUUUGUAUGGGUCUAAUAUUAAUG